AUGAAGAAUGUACAGAACCUGUGGAUGAGGAGACAGUUAGGGCCGAUAAUUGCAGACUUGGACUUCAAGUUCAGUGAAAACUGUUGCGAGUUGGAACUGGAGUACGAAUUCGGAUUCAGAUUCAGGUUAUUAGAGUUGGAGUUUCCUUUGGUGGAGUCUUGGUCGUCGGCGAUGGCGUUGGCUUGCGUCUCCCAGGUGUAG